GAUAAUAUAUUCUAUGUAUUCUUUUGCAACAUAUGUGACUAUAGUUUCAACUAAAAUUGUCAAUAAACAAUGAAUAAGUUACCUUGCCAUCAUGCACCCAUCCAUCUCGACAAGUAAGAGUGACAUUAUUGAAAAUCACGAGAUAAUAAAUAACAUUAUGAACUAUAUCGAUCAAGAUAAUCCAACAUAAAAUUACUUCAUCGAUGAAAUUUUAAAUUGAAUUUCACACCACAAGUUAAAACAUUUGAGGAAUACCUAAUAUCUGUCCAUUUCAAUCACCGAAAAAAAAUAUAUAUGUCCAUUUCAAUUACAAAGGAAGGUGUCUUCUUCAAAUCAAAAUGAUAUUAUUAAGUCCACAUUUGUCCACUUUCAUCAUCACAUGAACAAAGGUGAUGGGCCGCCAGUUAUUUGCAAGUCACAUGGUAGGAUCAAAUGCUUUCCUUAUUCUAAUUAUAUUAGGUAACUCGUGGAUAUCAAUCCAAUAUUUGAAUUGACUUAAAUGAUAUCGAGUAUGAUUCGGUUCGGUUCUUAGUUCUCCAGAUUUUUUGAAUUCUAUAAAAAAAUUAGAUAGAAUUGAUAUUUGAAUCGGACUAAACCAAAUUAAAUGCACCAAUGAUUCAAUUCCUAUUCUCAACUUUCCUUUACUUAUGAGUCGUGGUUUUCAUGAUUUGGUUAAAACUCAAACCCAUUUCUGCAGUAAUCACAUUACUUCUCUUUGUCUAACAUUGAAAAAUAUUUAAAAGUUGCCAUCAAUUGUUAGCCACGAAGGUCAAACGUAAUAAAAAAAAAAACACGUCAGGAUGAGAUCUUGUGGUUCUUCAAUCAAGUAGAAGAUAACCAUCAAAGUACUGGUUGAAAUAGCUCCCAUUUCCAAGUACUAGAUCUAGCUUUUCGCUGAAUUUCUGUGGCAAGAAUAGAGACAGACAAAGAAAAACCAAUUGAAAGAAGUCAUCUACAAUGUCUUAACGAAGCAACAAUCACAAUACUCACUCGGGAAACGAUAAGUUAGGAUGAUACUCGUCUCGACAGUCAUAGUUGAAAAAAAAAAUCUUGAAAAAGAGUGUUGAAUGUGGUGGUGACUUUGGUGCCUAAGCGCGGCGAUAAACAUAGUAACAAGAAGAAUGCAGCCGUGCUAGCUCAAAGUUCGACUUCCUCACCGAUCCUAGGCACCAAAGUCCCCUCCGCAUUCGAACCUUUUUGAAUCACCACCAUGAGAGGUAAGCAAAACACAUAAGAAUUUGAAGUUCAUGGUUGAACUGUGUGUGUUAUCUUUCAGCUAUAUAGGCCGAAGAGCAUCCACCAGAUCCCCAGAAAUGUACUCAGAAGUCACAUAAUUAAUUGUACUACCAAGUACCACUUAGUUACUUAACUACAGUCGCCACUGUACUACCGUUUUUGCUCCUUGCUAGGUUUGCCCUCUGACGCGGUCGGAUACUUCUGGGCCAGAAGGUGCGGACCAGCCGUAUUGGGCCCAAUGGCCCAUUCAUUUGGAUAAUGAGGUUUCGAGUUAACAUGCGAAAUAACCCCACCCAAUAAAAUUUGGAGGGAUUAUUUAAAAGAAAAGAAAAAAUGAAAAAUUGGAGGAGGAAAAUAAGGCGCGUAAAUCCUCUCAACUCCGUCGAGAGCUCCCUCUGCUUUUCUGUACGAGGAAUACCAGCCAUUCAUUUCCAAUUCUUCUCCUUCCUCCCUUUCCAAACCCCCAAAAAGCGCAAAACUUGGCAAUGUCGCCACAUACCCACUUCGCCAAAUGGCCGCCACCGCUCAAUUUUCCCUCCAAAUCCCCUUCCCCUCAUCCCAUGUCCCCUCUUCCUCCUCCUCCGUUGCCUCCCGCCGUCUCCGGCAGAACACCCACAUCCCCAAAACCCUCUUCCGUCCCAUUCUCAGCCGCCCCACCAAUUGGGCAAUCAGGAUGACCCUCUCCCCGGUGGAUCAGAAACAGGCUUCGUCCGACAGUUCGUCGGAUUCCGAUUCGGAUAAAGGCAGCAACGAUGUCGACAUGGCGAAGCUGGUCGAUUUCCUCUACGAGGAUCUCCCCCAUCUCUUCGACGAGCGAGGAAUCGAUCGGACGGCGUACGACGAUUAUGUUCAGUUCCGGGACCCAAUCACCCGCCACGACGACCUCGAUGGGUAUCUCAUGAAUAUUGCGGCUCUCAAGCAUCUGUUCCGCCCCAAGUUUCAGCUGCACUGGGUCAAGCAGACAGGAUCUUACGAGAUAACUACGAGGUGGACGAUGGUGAUGCGGUUCAUAAUUCUUCCAUGGCAGCCGGAGUUGGUCUUCACGGGGACUUCUGUGAUGGGCGUCAAUCCUAAGACCGGCAAGUUCUGCAGCCAUGCGGAUUACUGGGAUUCUGUUUCCAACAAUCAGUUCUUUUCGCCGGAAGGAUUGUGGGAUGUGAUUCAACAGUUGAGGAUUUACAAGACCCCUGACAGGGAAACGCCCAAGUACGAGAUAUUGAAGCGGACAGCCGUUUAUGAGGUAAGAAAGUAUAAGCCUUUUAUGGUAGUUGAAACAACUGGGGAUCAUUUGGCAGGCUCAGGUGGUUUCAGUUCUGUCACUGGGUAUAUAUUUGGGAAUAAUACAAAGACGGAAGUAAUAUCUAUGACCACUCCGGUAUUCACUGAGGCGAAGGAUCCAGAGCUGUCAAAAGUUGCCAUCCAAGUAGUUCUUCCCCUGGAUAAAGACUUUAGCAACUUACCAGAACCAAUCGAGGAUGAUGUGAGAUUGAAAAAGAUGAAAGGAGGAUUUGCUGCUGUGCACAAGUUCAGUGGGAAACCAACCGAGGAAAUAACACGCGAGAAGGAGAAAGUAGUUCGGUCCUGUCUCGUCAGGGAUGGUCUUAGUGCAAAGCCAGGUUGUUUGCUUGCUCGUUAUAACGACCCUACCCGAACCUGGAGCUCCAUCAUGAGGAACGAAGUGCUGAUAUGGCUCGAAGACUUCUCGCUGGACUAACCGGGCAGCAAAAUAUCUUGGUAGAUCGGCAAUCUAUUCUCCAGUCUCCACCAGCUCAUGGAAUUGAACAGAUGUACUCAGGUUCCUGCCUUAUCAGACUGCUAUUGAACAGAUUGGUUCGCGGAUAGCUUUGAUGUAACGUUGUAAAUACAACAAAUCCAGAUUAUAGAUGGUUAAAUGUCGAAAACAUUAGAAUUCAGAUGGGAUUGUCCUCUUUUUUUUAGUCUGCUCCAUACUCCAGUAUUGAGAUUUGGAAUGACAGAGACGAGCAAGCUAGCUCUCUUAUGUUUGUAUUCUACACUUCCACUUAUAUUAUUUGCUCCAGGUUGACGAACUCUUUGCUCCACUUGACAAUUUCUUCUAUUCCUCAUCUGCUGGUGACAUGGUGUUUCGUUAUCCCUGCUUAAUGACGGAGUAGGAACGGGAGCAAGAUGGAUAUGGUACUAACAGCCAUAUAUGUGCAUGUUAGCACAUGCUCUUCUCAAACAGUCGGGAUUUGGCCACAUAGUCUAAAGCUGUAAAUAAAAGGCUUGAGAAGAGUUUGGCAAGAUGAUAAAGUGGUUUAACUCGG